AUGAGUGUGAAACCUACGGUUUUGAGAUUAGGUAACGUCAACUAUGCUCAAGAGGCAUGGAAAAAACUGGCGCAGAUCGCCAACGUGGUGUCCAUUGAGCCAUCAAUGAACCGGGAGGCGUUUCUCAAGGCGCUGAAGGAUCCUAAGAGCGACAUUAGUAAGGCGCAAAUCAUCACCAGGACUUUCCAGAGCGUUCAACAAACUGGGCGAUUCGAUAAAGAAUUAUGCGAUUCUUUACCCAGCUCCGUUGUGGCCGUUUGUCAUUUGGGUGCCGGCUAUGAUCAAAUAGACACCGAAUUUUUCAAAAUCAGAAAAAUUCAAGUCACCAAUGUUCCAGAAUUGGUUAACGAUGCUACCGCAGAUACUCAUGUAUUUCUUUUACUGGGUGCAUUGAGAAACUUCUCAUACGGUAGCCGUGUAUUGAUUAAUGGUGGAUGGCCAAAGGCAGGUCCAGCUGGCGGUGCGCCAGUGGGAAAUGAUCCUGAGGGCAAAGUAGUUGGUGUUCUUGGGUUAGGUGGAAUUGGUCGCACAGUUGCCAAAAGACUACAGCCUUUUGGCUUUCAAAGAUUCAUCUACCACAAUAGAAGUAGAUUGUCUGCGGAAUUGGAAAAUGGUUGCGAGUAUGUAUCGUUUGAUGAAUUGUUAAAACAGUCUGACGUCAUUUCUAUUAAUAUUCCAUUAAAUCCGAAGACGAAGCAUAUGUUGGACGAAGAGGCUUUUGGUAAAAUGAAGGAUGGUGUUGUCAUCGUUAAUACAGCGCGCGGUGCUGUCAUUGACGAAGCAGCCUUGAUUAAGGCCUUGAAAUCAGGCAAAGUUAGAUCUGCCGGUUUGGAUGUCUUUGAACAUGAACCGCAGGUACCACAGGAACUUCUAGAUAUGCCACAAGUCACAGGCUUGCCUCACAUGGGUACCAACACUUUCGAGACAAUCAAACACAUGGAAGAGUUCAUUGUGGAAAAUGUUGAAAAUAUCAUUAAAACCGGUAAAGGUUUAACUAUUGUUCCUGAAUUGAAGGGAGAAUCUUGGAUCGAUUCAGCUAAAAUGCUCUGCUAA